AUGCCAGCACCACAAAUUUAUGGCCGCCCUGGUGCCUUUGGACCUUAUACUCCAGAGGACCUAGAGGUAGCACGCCGCCAGUUUCCAGAAGAGAAGCUGGCAUCCAGGGCUCUAGAAAAUUAUGCCCGCGAUAAUUGGGAGGGAUUCAGUAGCAACAGAUGGUUCUGGAAAGAUAACUGCCGCUAUACUUGCGGUAAUGAUAUCAAUUAUAAUCAAAUCUGGAUGCCCAGAACCAAAGAAGUUCGUUGUCCUUACGACUAUAAGAAGUACUUGGUUCCAUUGGGUGGUCCCCCAAAGCUGUCACAAAUUGACAUACUAAAGCCACAGAGGCUUUCGAAGCUAAUCGCGCACAAGAGCGAAAAGGAAUGGGAUUUGCCUCGUGAUCACCCCCGUCAUCUUUUGAAUUUUCCACAAGACGCAGAAACUCUAGAUGCAAUUUUUGGGUUCAUAUUGAGUACUCGGAAAUACACUAUUUUGCCAGAUGUCUCCACCUCGAACAAAGUGCAAAAGUAUGAAUACUGCAAAUUCCAUCAAACUUACACAUUAGCCCAAACGGGUGAUGUGAUGAGUCUACCACGUGGGCCUCAUGUUGAUUCUCUCGUUGUAAGCACAGUAAUUCACGAGCAACGAUACGACUCCCAGGGCAAAUAUUUUGUUCUUCGCAGGGUUUGCCGCCAUCUGAUCGAUGCAACACUUCUACGAGUUUGCAAGAGCAUCUGCAAUCAGGGAACAAAACUGUUAUAUGCAGGAAACGAAUUCGAGUUCAAAACUACAAAGACUGGCAAACUAGGUGCCCCAACUAGCCUUUUUGAUGGCAUAUUGUAUCCAAGCUCUGGGUCGAAUAGAUCGUUUUGUCAAGGAAGAGAUGAGCCACAAGCCAUAGAAUUACGACAAAGAAUGGCCGAUGAUGCUAUCAAAAUCAUCGAGAAUAGAACACCGGUACUAGACCUAGACUUUGACAUGUACCACGAUCUCUUUGUCAGUUCCUUCGUGUCAUUGGUCCAAGAUUCCAGCUGCACAAAAGGUUACAAGUGGUGCUUAGAUGACCUGAUCGAGAGUCUCCUCUUAUACAUUACUCUCAUCAAGAGAUUUUGCACGAACUUGCAAAAGUUGGUGAUCGCCAUGUGGAAAGACUACGAGACAAGCGAUAACUACAGGGGAUCUCGCACACAAUAUGACCAUGAAGAACGAGAACGCCAGUGUUAUGCACGUCUGCAAUCUUUGCUGGAAAACCAGAUGAGAGAGUUGGACACGGUUCAAGAUCUUCAGGUCUACGAGGAUGACCGGGAUGAAGUAGAGUGUGCGAAAGAAACCGAAACAUGGUUUUCUGAGAGAACUCGCCUGCGGGGACUUGAGGCGCUUGGGAAAGCGAAACUGGAGAGUAGGAUGCAGGCUUUGACUGUCGGUGACGACAAUGCCAGUAGCUCUGUCGAACCUUCUGUCUGA